AUGCCAAUCUCAGAAGCACAGCAGCUCGCCGAGCUCAUUCUUCAAGCGGUCAAAGACAUUGAAGCCGAUACGGCGGAACAGAUACCGGGUGGUAGGACGACCAAUAUCAACCUGCCCACGGUGGCGGCUGAGGACGACCUAGAACCGACUCCUCAAAGACGGGCGGCUUUGAGGACUUUGAAGGCGGCCACGCACCAGUUACUGGCCACCCUGAUGCCGGUGGGGCUACACGUCCAAGAGCUCCAUUACUCUUUCCAUCAGACGGCCGCGCUGGACACCGUCGUGCGGGCCCGUAUCGCAGACCUGAUUCACUCGAUUGACCCGGAUUCCAGUAAGGGAGGCGUACACGUCGCGGUGCUUGCCGAGAAGGCUGGCAUGGAUCCCCGCAAGCUUUCCCACAUCCUGCGCUUCCUGGCCAUUCGCAACGUUUUCUGCGAGCUGACGCCAGACCGUUGGGCGAACAACCGCUGCUCUUUUCCUCUGCGGAGCGACUCACCGAACACAAUCUGGAACGCCCUCGGCCAUCUCAGGGAAGAAAUUGCUUUGCCGGCUCUUGUUGAGCUUCCCGAGGUCUUGCUCGACAAAGAUGGCGGCCGAGCUCUUAGCUGGGACCAUACUAAGAGUGCAUUCCAAAAAUAUUACGAGCCCGGUUGUGAUUUCUUUGAAUUCUUAGCGAGAUCCAAAGGUGGUUAUCGUGCGGAAAGAUUUGGGAAAACUAUGAUCGAGUUGUCUAGGUCUUGCGGUACUGGAGAUGGACAUUAUAAAGGUUACGAUUGGAAGAAACUCGGGGAGAAUGGGAUCAUGGUCGAUGUGGGGGGUGGAAUUGGUGGGCCUGCCUAUGCUAUCGCAAAGUACCUUCCGGGAUGGAAGAUAGUUGUCCAAGACCGCGCAGAGGUAGCGCAACAUGGAAGAGAAAACUACCAGAAGAUAGGCUCCACAGCCAAUCUAGAAUUUGAAGAAGUUGAUUUCCUCAAUGAUCAACCGACUCACCGUGUCCAGACAGUAGAUGCAUACUUUCUGCGUCACAUCCUGCAUGAUUGGCCCGCCAAGGCCUGUGUGGAAAUUUUGACCCAUUUGCGGAGAGCCGCGAAGCCGACGAGCCGGCUGCUAAUUGCGGAGACCGGCGUCGAGCCCCCGUUGCUCGACCCAAAUUCACCCAUUCUUACCAACGGCGGAAUGGCAGCGUUCUUGUCUCACACUUACUGCCUGUCCAUGAUGACCGUCUUCAAUGGGGAGGAGCGAAGCAAACAAGACUUUGCGAACAUCUUCAACAGUGCAGGAUGGAAGCUCGAGUCAAUUUCCAAUCUCGCCACCAUCUUGGAUCGCUUCAUUUAUGAAGGCGUCCCAGACCCGUCCUGGAAGCAGUAA